UUUUUCCAAAUUAGAGCUAUUCUCUAAUUCUAGUGUGUUAAAUGGUCAUCAAUGGAUAUUGAUAUAGAUUGGUCACUUUUUUUUUUUAAAGAUUUUAUUUAUUUAUUCAUGAGAGACAAAGAGAGAGAGAGGCAGAGACACAGGCAGAGGGAGAAGCAGGCUCCAUGCAGGAAGCCUGAUGUGGGACUCGAUCCCAGGAUCCUGGGAUCUCGUCCUGAGCGGGAGGCAGAUGCCCAACUGCUGAGCCACCCAGGCAUCCCUCAUUAUUCAAUUCUUGACUAUACUAAUACUUUUAUAGUGUUUUGCAUUUAUAUGUUUGAGAUCUUUCCUAUUUUGUCUUGAGUUGUACUUUUUUGGCUUGGAAACACUAGGAAAACAGUAUUUUUCCACUCUUACAAUGGAAUUAUGAAUCCUUUAUUUAUUUGGUGUACUUGCCUGUGAAAAAAUUUGUAAUUUAUAUUUAUUUUGUGGGCCUGUUUUAAACUACUGUUUUUUUUUUUGUUGUUGUUGUUGUUGUAUUUUCUUUCAGGAUUGGAUGUAAUCAGGUUUUGUAUUUAUUUUAGAUCAUUGCCAGAAAGUUGUACUUCUCUGUAGGAAUUCAUUCAUUAUCCGUACAUUUUCAUGUAUAUUAUCUUAGCUUUUUUGUUGUAUUCUCCCUUCAAAAUCUGUGAUUAUGACUCAUUCAUAACUCUUUGUCUAUGCUCUAUUGUUAAAAUUGUUCAAGCUUUGUUGAUUUUAUUAGUUUUCAAGGGGCACAUUAUUCCUUUUUAUGAUUCCUUUUUUAGUUUUUAAAAACAUCAUUAAUUUUGUCCUAUUUUCAUUUUUCUAAACCUUUAUGCUGUCCUUUUUCCAACCUUUAAGUUAACGGUUACCCCACUCAUCCUGAUUUUAUUUUCUCUGGGAGUUGAUGAUAUUCAUAGAACUAUGUAAAUAUAUGUCCCACAUCAGCUAUGGAUUCCCAGUGUUAUCUGAAACACUUUGUUUCAUUUUCUGCUUCUUCUCAGCUACUAAAGUAGUCCUAACUGGUUAAAGGUAAAUGUGUGUGUGUGCGCUGCAUUAUUAUGUAUCCUAUACCACUACCUGAUACAGUUUGUUCGUUUACUGCCCUCCCUCAGAAGAUCAUGACAUCCCUGUCCUUCAGGAUUUUUCUAUUUUGUUCAGUGCGAUAUCCUCUGUGGCUGUAUGUAGUGGGAUUGGGGUAAAUAUUACCUAAGUAAAUUGAAAUGAAGGAACAAGAGGUAGGGGCCUUAAGGGAAGCGCUCUUGAUCAGAACAUGGGUCUUAGUCAAGAGGUGCUCAAAGAUAAAACAUUUAAAUAGAAUACUUCGUUUGUCUACUCUCCAUAGUGCACAGCAGGAUUCUAGGCUAGACUCUGGUACUGCUUGUAAUGCCUCACUAACAACUAAAUUAUAAGGUGUAUGUUCAGAAAUACACUCAUUGGGAAUUUAGGGUUUGAAGACAAACAGGCCUGCAUUCACACACUUGUAUGUGUAGUACACCCGGUGUUACGUACACCUCGGCCACUUUCUGACUUGGUAGCAUUGAGUAUAUGGUUAAUCGAUUCUAAGAAUUCUCAACUAUAAAAACUGUAAUAAUACCUGAUUUGCAGAACUUCUAUGAGAGGAAAGCUCUCUGUGGGGUCAUUCUCCCAUCAUGGUUGCUCAAAUGGCACAUGUUAUUAAUACAGUAAAGAAUGUUGCAAUUUUUAUAGAUAUUAAAAUAUGCUGCUUGAUCCACUGCAUGAAAAAAGCUGUUAGUUUUCGUUACUUUAAAUUUAUGUAAUAGAGCUGCUAUCGGAUAUGACAUGUUGCUGACUUCACUUUGGGUGUUCUUGUUCUGUGCUGCUGUAUUGCAUAGGCAAACUUUAACAUGGGAGUCACAGUGUGGCAAUCUUCUCUGCCUCCUACAUGUAGUAUUCAGUCAGUUGAUACUCUUUCUCAGAAACUGAGUUUCAGAGGCCCUGCAGGGGUGGAUUCAGUGGUCAGGGGCUGAGGAGUAAUUCCUGUUAGCCUGCCAGUGGUGCAGAAGUAAGAAAUACUGGGAGUGGAGCCCCCGGAAAUUGGAUAUGUAAGUCCUUUUUUGGAUUUGACACAGAGUGUAUUUUUAUGGUUGAAAGCAUUGUCUGAUAUUUUUUGUUUCUCAUUAUUAUGGGAAGUUGACAGCUAAACUGUUUUAGAUUUUGGUUAAUUUACAAAAUGGGACUUUUAACGUUUUCUCCCUCCUCUUUUUAAUGGUCAGCAAGGACCACAGCAAUGUUUUUUUUCUAGCUCUGCAGGAGAUAAGACUACCUUCUUACUCAGUGUGUGUUUGGUUGGGUGUCUUAAGGGUAUGCUCUAUACGUGUGUGUGUGUGUUUUGAGGGGAGUGGUCCCUCAUAACAGAUGUGCUGCAGCAUCCGGGCUCAUGAGUUGUGGAAAUUGUGGGGAGACCUGGAUUCUUGUGUUUUCUUUCUCCUGCUUUAGCUCUAACUAACUUCUCAGUGCUCUUUCUUCAUGAAGGGAACAUGGAAGAAGAAAGAAAUGCUGCUGAAUUACAGAAAAAUAUGACACAGGACUCUGUGGUCUUUGAGGAUGUGGCUGUGGACUUCACCCAGGAGGAGUGGGCUUUGCUGGAUCUUGCUCAGAGAAGCCUCUACAGAGAUGUGAUGCUGGAAAACUUUCAGAACCUGGCCUCACUAGGAUAUCCACUGCACACACCAUAUCUGAUCUCCCAAUGGAAACAAGAGGAGGACCUGGAGACAGUAGAACAAGGACUUAUCCAGGGGAAGCACCAGGAAGGUUUUAAGAUUCAACUUAAAACUAAUGAAUCAGCACAAGAUACUUGUGAACAAAAAAUAUCCAGUGAACAGAAAAUAGUAAGAUUCAAAAGGAAUGAUUCUUGGUCAUCCAUUUUACACCAAAACUCGGAAUACCAUGAUACUUAUUAUCAGAACAAAAGCCAUGAGAGACAUUUGAGAAGUCCAGUGGAGCACAUCUUUGAAUGUAACGAAGAAAAUCAGUGUGAACAAGCCUUUGGCCAAAUUUCACGUCUUAACAUAGACAAGGGAACUACUGAAGUAAAGUCCUAUGAAUGCCAUGAGUGUCAAAAGGCCUUCACGGAUCUUUUAUCCCUUAAGAAUCACAUCAGGUCUCACACUGGCAGCAAACCCUAUCAGUGUAAAGAAUGUGGGAAAGCCUUCCAUUUUCUUGCUUGUUUUAAGAAGCAUGUGAAAAAUCCCACUGAAGGGAAACCCUAUGAAUGUAAAGAAUGUACAAAAGCCUUUGGUUGUUCUUCCUUCUUUAGGGCACAUAUGAAGAUUCACACUGGAAAGACGAGCUAUGAAUGUAAGGAAUGUGGGAAGACCUUUAGCUGUUCUUCAUCCCUGACAGAACAUAAAAGGAUUCACAGUGGCGAUAAGCCUUAUGAGUGUCGGGAAUGUGGGAAGGCAUUUAGUUGUUCCUCUUCACUCUCCAAACACAAAAGGAUUCACAGUGGAGAUAAGCCAUAUGAAUGUAAGGAAUGUGGGAAGGCCUUUAGUUCUUCCUCUCACCUUAUAAUACAUAUAAGAAUUCAUACUGGAGAGAAGCCUUACGAAUGUAAAGAGUGUGGGAAAGCAUUCAGUGAGUCCUCAAAACUCACUGUACAUGUCAGAACACACACAGGACAGAAACCCUAUAAAUGUAAGGAAUGUGGGAAAGCCUACAAUUGUCCCUCCUCCUUAAGUAUCCAUAUGAGAAAACACACUGGAGAGAAACCCUAUGAGUGUCUGGAAUGUGGAAAAGCCUUCUAUCUUCCCACUUCCCUUAACACGCAUGUGAAAAAUCAAAGUAGAGAGAAACCCUAUGAAUGUAAAGAAUGUGGAAAAGCCUUUAGUUGUCCCUCAUCCUUCAGAGCACAUGUGAGAGAUCACACUGGAAAGAUACAAUAUGAAUGUAAGGAAUGUGGGAAAGCUUUUAGCCGUUCCUCAUCCCUCACUGAACACUUAAGAACUCACAGUGGAGAGAAGCCUUAUGAAUGUAAAGAAUGUGGGAAGGCCUUCAUUAGUUCCUCCCACCUUACAGUACAUAUAAGAACUCACACUGGAGAGAAACCUUAUGAAUGUAAGAAAUGUGGAAAAGCCUUUAUUUAUCCCUCAGCUCUUAGGAUCCACAUGAGAACACAUACUGGAGAGAAACCCUAUGAAUGUAAGGAAUGUGGAAAAGCCUUUCGCCAUUCUUCAUACCUUACUGUCCAUGCAAGAAUGCACACUGGAGAGAAACCCUUCGAAUGUCUGGAAUGUGGGAAAGCCUUCAGUUGUCCCUCAUCCUUUCGAAGACAUGUAAGAAGCCACACUGGAGAGAAACCCUAUGAAUGUAAGGAAUGUGGGAAAGCUUUUGUGUGUCCUGCCUACUUUCGAAGACAUGUGAAAACUCACACUAGAGAAAGUGUAUAAAUAUAAAAAAUGUGGGGAUGUCUGCAAGGUGUUUUCAAAUCAUAGAUGGAACAUUGUGGAAAUGCCCCGUGAAUGUAAGAAAGCAAGAAAUUGUUGCUUAUCUGUUUGAAGUCUUGAGAACUCACAGCUGAGAGAGACCUGUUUAUGUAUACCUGGUGGUAAUGCCUUCGUGAACAUUGCUUCCUGUGUGGAAGAAAAUUCAUAUAAGAAGCACAGAUCAGCACGUCACCUGUAAAGUGGACUGCUGGCUCAUUGAUUUUUCAGUUUCUGUUUCCUGAUAUGAAUUCAUAGUUAUGGUGAUAAAUUUCCCUCUAAUACCUUUUCCGCUCUAACCGCUUUUUAUUUAUUUAUUUAUUUAUUUAUGUAUUUAUUUUCUAACCACGUUUUAUUAUAGGUACUUUCAUUUUGCCUGAGAUGUAAAUGUUUUUACAUUAUAAAACCUUUUGGGCCCAUAGGGGAUUCAAGGUGUUUUUCAUAAGCAGGCAGGAGUGGUCUUCUUUUUUUUGGUUUGUUCAGUUAGUUUCUAAUUAAUGCUCAUCGUUCUCCAGGUAUGUAGUCAUUAUGGUAUUAAUACUUUGGUAUUUGUAAUUUCUUUUGUGAUUUUUUCCUUGUGAUUGGUAGUUUCAUUUUGAUCUAGUAUGGAACAUACUGGAAAUUGCCUACCCAUUUUUUUCCUUUUUAUUUACUAAGAGAACCUAAAGUUUUUGAGGCUAUCACUUUUUACUAUUAAAAGCUUUUCCUGUCUAAUAAGUAAUUUUAACAGAAAUUAAUAAGUGAAAAGUCUCCAAAAAAAGAGUCACAUCUGAUGCGUUGUUUUAGUAUUUUGUUGUUGGUCCUUGCUCAUGGCUGGGAACUGGACCCCAUGUUUUGAGUUUAAAAAGGGGGAAAAAAAAAGGGAUCUUGCAAUAAGAAAGCUGGAAGUAAAGGUAGUUGAGCUGGUAUGCAUGUGUUAAUUUGGACAUAUUUUGGACUGUGUUUCUCAGAAUCAUUUCCUUAUAUCCAGUUCCAGGUUAGAAUUGUCUAGAAGAGCUUUUGCAUGAGAAUUGGAAGGCAGAUGGAAGCGCUAUUACUUUUUGUUUAGUGGGGCCAUAAUAUGGAGACAGAGGCAUAGGGGUGCAUGGUGGGCUUCAGUUUCCUGCUCAUUUUUCCUGAUGUUAGGACCCACUAACCAAUGCUAGCUUGAAACAGAAUAGUAAAUGCUUUUACAUGAGUAAAAGCUUUUGUGUGUCCUGCCUACUAACCUCAGAGCCAGCAGCUCCCUAGACCUCUCCAUCAAUUCCUCUAUCAUGGUCCUACACAGUUUCUUAGGUUUUCUGGCAAGUUCUUGGGGAAUUCCUGGGUGGCUCAAUGGUUUGGCGCCUGCCUUCAGCUCAGGGCGUGAUCCUGGAGCCCUGGGAUCAAGUCCCACAUCAGGUUCCCUACAUGGAGCCUGCUUCUCUCUCUGCCUAUGUCUCUGCCUCUCUCUCUCUCUCUCUCUCUCUCUCUCUCUGUGUGUGUGUGUGUGUCUCUCAUGAAUAAAUAAAUAAUCUUAAAAAAAAAAAAGAUUUUCUGGCAGGGUCCAGCAUUGUCAUUUUGCUGAUAUUAUAGUCCCUGGCACAUCAACUGACUGUAUAGAGGUGGCCCAAGUUUGGAGCAGGAUUGUUAUCUGCAUAGUACAAUCCCAUCACACCACUUUGCUCAAGGAGAGACAUCUAUGCAAGUCCAUCGGGAUCUCCAGCAAGAAGGGUUGUGGACAGUAAAGAAAAUUAGGUAUAAGGGAGGUAAACAUCAGACAGGGUGUCCUAUUUUAGUGGAGGAAAAUUUAUAUUUGAUACCUUCAAACAGAUUUUUCUGCUUUUUUUAUUUGGGAAAGAUGAAAAUUACUUGGUUUGUGCUUCUUCAGAUAGAUCUAGCUGCACUUUUCCCUUCUGUUAUGUUUCCCCAUCAUUUCUGAAAGUAGACCUAUGCCACUUUCCCUUCAUCUGUUGUUUUAGUGAAGUAUAUAUACACUAAUGUGCACGAAGUGUGCUGAUCUUAGACAUAUAGCUUGAUGAAAUUUCACUUACAUACGUACACACUCUGAUAAAAAACAUUUCUAGGAUUCCAGGAAGUUUAUAUUUUCUCAAUAAUGCUCCACUGAGGAAACCACAAUCUUGACUUUAUUCAGUUCAUUAGGUUUGCUUCUUGAUCCUCUUGAUCUUUAAGUGCUCAAGUACAAUAUGUACAAUUAUAUGCUUGGCUUCUUUUCUCAGCAUGAUGUCUAGCUUGCCUUUUAAUUGCUCUUUUCUGUUGACUUACACUUAUUUCUCUUGGUAUAUGUUUUGUAUUUAGGAAUGAGAUAACUGACUCAUUGGGUAGACUUUAGCUUUAGUUUUGAGUAUUCCAGUUUUUCAAAAAGAUGGACUAAAAGCUCAUCCUAAAAGCAAUGCAUGAAAAUUGCAAUUGUUCCACAUAGCUGACCAGCCCUUUCUAAUCUUAGCCCUCCAGUAGAGGACAUGGUACUAUCCUGCUUUGGUUUUACUUUUCAGUUUCCUGAUAUGUAAUGAUGGUAAAUAUUUUUUUAUGUGCUUAUUGUCUAUUUGGAUAUCUUUUAUGAGGGCACCCAUUUUUGGUUCCUUUUUUAUUUGAAGAGUUUCCUUCUAGUCUUGUCCUUUAUUGUAUGUAUGUGUAUCUCUAUGUCUAGUUAUGUACACAUACAUAUAUAAAACCGUGUGUUAUAUACU